AUGAGAAGCUCGAAGAUGUGGACGGUUUUUAUGUGUUUGAUUGUGAGCUUCUUCGCUCGCAUUGAAUCGCUGUCUGUGACUGUGCACGACGUGGAGUGCGUCUAUGAAUACGUGCUUUAUGAGGGCGAUACUGUGUCGGGGAACUUUGUUGUCGUCGACCAUGACAUUUUCUGGAGUUCCGAUCACCCCGGCAUUGAUUUCACGGUGACAUCUCCCGGAGGGAAUACUGUCCAUAAUAUCAAGGGAACCUCUGGUGACAAGUUUAGUUUUAAAGCCCCAACACAUGGAAUGUAUAAAUUUUGUUUCCAUAACCCAUACUCAACACCUGAGACUGUCUCUUUCUACAUCCAUAUUGGCCAUAUUCCCUCUGAGCAUGACCUUGCUAAAGAUGAGCAUUUGGACCCAAUUAAUGUAAAAAUUGCUGAGCUUAGAGAAGCACUAGAGUCUGUUACCGCUGAACAAAAGUACUUGAAAGCUCGUGAUGCAAGGCAUCGUCAUACUAACGAGAGCACACGGAAGCGUGUUGUGUUCUACACUGUAGGAGAGUAUUUUCUCUUGGCCGGUGUUAGUGCUCUGCAAGUCCUGUACAUUAGACGCCUUUUCAGCAAGUCAGUUGCAUACAACCGUGUUUGA